AUGUCGGGGAACCACUACAAGGGCCACGAAGUCAGCUGCUGCAUCAAGUACUUUAUCUUCGGAUUCAACAUCCUUUUCUGGCUCCUGGGCAUGGCCUUAGUCGCGAUUGGUCUAUGGGCAUGGAGUGAAAAGGGUGUUCUCUCCAACAUCUCGUCCAUCACUGACCUGGGGGGCCUGGAUCCCGUCUGGCUCUUCAUGGUGGUGGGAGGGGUCAUGUUCAUUCUAGGUUUUGCUGGAUGUAUCGGAGCGCUGCGGGAGAAUACGUUCCUCCUCAAGUUUUUCUCCGUCUUCCUGGGGAUCAUCUUCUUCUUGGAGUUGACCACCGGAAUCCUGGCCUUCGUCUUUAAGGAUUGGAUCAAAGACCAGCUCAAUCUUUUCAUCAACAACAACAUCCGCGCCUAUCGAGACGACAUAGACCUGCAGAACCUCAUCGACUUCACUCAGGAAUAUUGGGAUUGCUGCGGAGCGUUCGGAGCCGACGACUGGAACCUGAACAUCUACUUUAACUGCACGGACGGGAACCCCAGCCGAGAGAAGUGUGGGGUCCCCUUCUCCUGCUGCACCAAGGACCCGGCGGAGGAUGUCAUAAAUACUCAGUGUGGAUACGACAUUCGAGCGAAACCAGACUCGGAGCAGAAAGACUACAUCAAUGUGAAAGGGUGCGUCCCGCAGUUUGAGAAGUGGCUGCAGGACAACCUCACACUGGUGGCUGGGAUCUUCAUUGGAGUAGCAUUACUGCAGAUAUUUGGAAUCUGUUUGGCCCAGAAUCUUGUGAGCGACAUAGAGGCGGGUGCCCCCCCCUCUGUGCAUUCGCCGCCUCCCGCCUCACAGCAGCAAGAAGGCGGCGUCUUACUACAGAUGAUCUAUGUGCACAUGCUGCUAGUGCCGCCGCUUUUUUACCUAAAACAAGCAGCAUCCACAUUGACAGAGAACUUCACGGAACCAGCACCUUGGCACUAA